AUGUCCUUAACGACCAAUUUUCCACAUAAUAAGAAACGAACAUUGUACGUUGGUGGUUUUGGCGAGGAGGUCAAUGAGAAAGUAUUGCAAGCUGGCUUCGUACCCUUCGGUGAAAUUGUUAGUAUAUCAAUCCCGUUGGAUUAUGAGACGGGCAAGCAUCGUGGAUUUGGAUUUGUGGAAUAUGAACUUGCGGAGGAUGCUGCUGCAGCAAUAGACAAUAUGAAUGAUUCAGAAUUAUUUGGGCGAACAAUUCGAUGCAAUUUUGCGCGACCGCCAAAGGCAAAUGAAAGAAGCCAAAGGCCAGUAUGGGCGGAUGAUGAAUGGCUUAAAACUUAUGGCACUGGAGAAGGUACCUCGAAAGAAUAUGAUAAGGAUAACGAUGCAGUUUCUGAAGAGCCAACAGUAGGACCAGUUAGGUUGUCGCUUCCACGAGUAUACCUGGGGAUCAAAAUUGGAAUCAGGUAUAUAGGAAGAAUAGUGAUCGAGUUGCGGUCUGAUAUAGUUCCAAAAACAGCGGAAAAUUUUCGACAACUCUGUACAGGAGAAAGGGGCUUCGGUUACGAAGGAUCACAGUUUCAUAGGAUAAUUCCACAUUUCAUGAUACAAGCCGGGGAUUUCAUAAAGGGAGAUGGAACAGGCGGAAAAUCAAUAUACGGUUCUAAAUUUGCGGAUGAAAAUUUCAAGUUAAAGCACACUAUGGCUGGGAUUGUUUCGAUGGCAAACUGUGGACCCGAUACGAAUGGUUCACAGUUUUUUAUAUGCACCGAAAAAACGGAUUGGUUAGAUAACAAGCAUGUUGUUUUUGGACAUGUUGUUGAAGGGAUGAAUAUUGUCAAGCAGAUCGAGCAACAAGGCAGUAAAAGCGGGAAGCCUAUGAUGCAGGUGACAAUUGUGGAAUGUGGUGAGCUAAAACAGGGAACGAAAAGCAGAAUGGAAGCUGUGGAAGAUUUGUACUCUCGAUCGUCUUAAAGCAUUGUUUUUCGUUGUGUUGUUCGUGUUUAUGCAUGCAAAUUAUAAACAGUUUACUAUUUCUGUUACAUAGCCGUCGAAGUUAUGGCAGAAUAAAUA